CCCACAUCUCUAGCACCGCCGCCAUCGCUGCCAUCGCCACAACCAUCAUCGCCUCUGAGUCUAACACCGCCCACUUUACCCUUGAUCCCAUCGGCCGGUCCUUCUCUGUCCGCCUCAAGUCCUUGCCCCACGGCUGCCAGCAAAUGGAGUGCCUCAAUUGUUUCCACACUAGGGAUUUGUGCGUUGGGAACGUUGAAUUGGGGAACGGUUGCUUCUACUUCACGCUUUUGGAGGGCUUCAAAUGGACGGCGUGCAUCCCCUGUUUUGCAAGGCCUGACCUCCUAAGGAAGCUUAAUGUUGCCAUGGAUAAGGGAACAAGCACCACUGCCUACCUGCGCACCAAAGAGGGCUUCUCUUUCAAGACUACGAUCCUUAACGAAAAAGAGCGAACAUAUUUUGGUUCUUCUAAUUGGGGGGCAUUUGCCAAAGCUUACAAAUUUGAGGAAGGGAUGGCUAUCCACUUUGAUUUUAGCAAAUAUUCUGAUCCUGAUCCUGACAUCUUGGUAGAUUUGGAAAACAUUCCAAUCCUUCCUCCGUCUUACUUCCUAGUGCCAAAAACAACCCAGGAGAUAGUUGACAACACUUACUAUACUGCUGACAGCGUGCUUACAUGGAAAGAGAAGAAUUACCUCGUUUCCUUUGUUAAUGGUAUCGAGUGGCCUACGAACACUCACAAUGCUGGGAAACAUUAUGCAUCAUACGUGCCACUAGUGCAUGCCUUGAACAAGACCAACAUUCAAAACAAAUGUCUGAAGCUCCCAAGAUGUGUUGUUCCUGAGAUUAUGGAUGGCAAUGGUGAGAUGAAACUUAUCUAUGAUGACAAGACCAAUUUCAAAGACACCUACUCGACUGCAGCCCUACCAGAUGGACGCCUCCUAGUUAAUGGGUGGAGGAGAAUACUGAAGGAGUGCAACCUGGAAAUUGGAGCUAGGUUGAUCUCUGUGCUCCACCAUGGAAGUGCGGGGAUUUUCCUAUUCUUAACAUCCAUUCCAAAAAGAGAGGACUAG